AUGUCUCUCCUGGCCACCUACUCCGCCGUGCUCUCGAAGUUCACGUACGAUGCCGCUGCCAACUUCUGGAAGAUGGAUCUAGAAGAAGUGUGGCUCUGUCUGCUGCUUGAGGCGAUCGAUCGCCUAGAUGGCGCCGAAAAUAACCCGAGAACCGAUGUCGAGGUUGAGGGUAGUGACCGUGAUAUUGCUGUCGAUGAUGGCAACCCCGGUCCUACUUGUCCUGUUUCCUUCGUUGGCCAGGGUCCUCGUCUCCGAGGCCCCGCCGACCCUUCGUCGACUCCUGGUGGCCGCAAGCGUGCUCGUCCUGCUGAUGGUGGCGAUAAUGACGAUGAGGCUCCCGAUCCUUCGCCGAGCAGACCCCCCAAGAGGGCCCGCAAGACUCGCAGCCAAACUGCUCGUGGCGGAGGUCGUGGUGGUCGUGGUGGUGGUCGUGGUGGUGCCAACAACAACCCUUGA